AUGGAUUUGAUAAUGAGCUCGUGGUCGAUAAUCGCGGCUGUGUUAGCCGUGCUAGCGGUGGUCUACUACCGAGCCACUCGUAACUUCGCUUUCUUCAAGAAACACGGUAUUCCGUACGCCAAACCGAUUCCGUUUUUAGGAAGCAUGUGGGAGAUGUUCUUUCAACGAAUUUCGUUCGCCGAUCUCGCAGAAAAAUUGUACAAUUUGGAUUCCGAUUCAAAGUACGUUGGUGUGUUCGAGUUCGAAACGCCCAUGCUCGUGAUUCGAGACCUCGACCUGAUCAAGUCCAUCACAGUGAAGAAUUUCGACCAUUUUCCAAAUCAUAG